UUAUACUGCAGUAAAUAUAAAAACAAUAUAAUUAAAUCUUUCCUGAUAAAUUGUAUCCUUAAAAUAAUUGAGUUUAGUGCUGCACUUGCCAUUAACCGCUAUAAAAUAUGAAAUUAAACUGGAUGAGAUAAUUAUAAAAUAAAGUAAAAUAUUGAUAUGAGAUUAUUAAUUGAAUAUCUUUACCAUGAGUCAACUAUGGGACAUUUUAUGAGAAAGUUUUUACUGGAAGAAAGAAACUGUUCUACAAACGUAAAUGCAUACUAAAUAAUGUAAAAUACAAUCUAGUGAAUAUAGCUCAUGAAUGAACUAUAGUCCUAGAGCCCUAAACGGAAUUAUCUAAAAUUUAGAUAAAGACAAUCAUCACGACUGAUUCUCUAUCGUAUAGUAGCAACGAACCUUUGACUUUAUUUAUCUUUUAUAAGUGAAAAAUAAAGCAAAUAUCGUAAUGCUUAAAUCAAAUUGAACACAAAAUCUUGUCUUAUUCUGGCUUUCCUUGGCAGAUUAUAGUUGUACGUUUCAAUAAAACUGUGAUAUUUGCAAAGCAAUAACAUUUCGUAAUCCAUUCAUUGUUUCUGAUACUGCGAGGAAAUACAAAACGUAACAAAAUGUACCUAUUUUGGGGUGACGGGUUCAGUGAUGGAAAACAAUCCACUGAUCUCUCAAUUCCUCUUGCUUCUGUAAUAAUAAGAAAUAAAAAUAUGACAAGGGAAAUCAAUGUACCUGGUCAUGAUAUUUAUUACAAACACUGGUUUCAUAGCGAGACAGAGGUAAAGCAACAUUAUUUAUCAGCAUCCGUCGUACUACCUAUUGGUUCAAUGUUUAUGUUGGCUGUAGUGGUACUUCUUAUGGUGCUAUUCAAACGAUGUCCUAACAUGAUAACUGCGAUCGCAGCUGGACUUCUUGCUACAAUGAUUAUAUUUGUAAUAAUGUUCUCAGUCAAACAAACGCCUAUUUAUUCUUGAUUAGACUAAUCAAAGUAUAACAUCAGUUCAUCAUAUCAGUAUCAUUAUAGGGCCUUUUAAAAAUCAUAUAAAAUAUGUAACUGAAUUAUACCCAACUGAUAAAUAUUAUUUAAGAUAAAGAACAUUUGCACGAAAUAUUAGAUAUAACAUACCGUUAGCAGUUGCUACUCA